ACGACGCGAGAGUAGUGUUAAAAGAACAGCCUCAUUUAUUUGAAACUAUUGAUAUUUUACAAUGUUUUUUCGUAAAAUAAGUGCCUAAACAAUUAAAUAAUAGUUUUAACGUGUUAGUGUUAUUGUGUUAAAUGCUGUCGAGAUGUCGAAGAACAAAAUAGCUGCUCGAAUCGACAGUCAAAGUGUUGAAGUAAAAACUAAGUUUGAUGCAGAAUUCCGUAGGUUUUCACUGAGUAGAUUGGAAAAACUGAAAUAUGAAGACUUCAAAGCUCUUAUCGAGAAACUACACAGACUACACGAUGUUACAUUUCUCAUAAGUUACACAGACCCCCGAGAUGGUGAUCUGCUACCGAUUAAUAAUGAUGACAAUCUUGCAAGAGCUCUACUUACUGCCAGGCCUCUACUCAGGGUCAUCAUACAGAGAAAAGGAGACAGCCUUGAGGAGCUCAACGGCUAUGGAACGAUGCGGCCCCGGAACAUAAUCUCCUCAAUUCUAAGCGGAACUCCUGCUAAAAACAAGGGGCUUGCUAUUUCGAAUCCUCACGACUUUAGGAUGGUAUCAGCAAUCAUAGAUGUAGAUAUUGUACCAGAAACGUGCAGAAGGGUUAAGUUACUCAAGCAUGGCUCCGAUCGACCUUUAGGAUUCUUUAUAAGAGACGGCACAUCAGUUCGGGUGACACCGAAUGGCGUCGAGAGAUCACCGGGUAUAUUUAUAUCGAGGCUGGUGCCCGGAGGUCUGGCCGAGUCAACUGGAUUACUCGGUGUUAACGAUGAAGUAUUAGAAGUCAAUGGAAUAGACGUGUCUAAUAAAACUCUUGAUCAAGUAACAGACAUGAUGGUGGCCAACUCGUCCAACCUCAUCAUAACGGUGCGGCCCGCCAACCAGCGCGCCGCGCCGCCGCCGCGCGCGCCCAGCGAGCCCGACGACGACCGAUUCGAUCAAGAAGAUCAAGACGAAAUUGUCGACUUAACAGCAGUCACAUUAGAAGAUCAACCCGAACCGGCGUUCUCACACAUUCCGAGCAAAGACGACGGACAGAUACUACACCUAUAGUACAUACUACGGAGGUACCGCCGCGGCAUGCAAGUAAGAGACAUUCCAUAGUGCUAUGUGCAGUGAUCAUUCCCUUUUAGAUUCUAAUUCAUAGACAAUAAGAGUUGAUAUUGUGUGUACUUAAAUUUUAUUUUUUCAUUCCAGUAGCAUCGACGACAGUAUAGUGGGAUUAUGAGAGAUUUUUUAAUGUAAAUGUGUCAAAUUAUAAAUUGUUUCGCCUCUAAAAGAGUUAAAUUAAUUAAAAUCUCGUUAUGAAAUUAAAUAUGGUCUAAAAAAUUCUUAUUCGAAUUCAAAUAUAUUUAAAUUUGAGCUAAAAUUCUAUUCUGUGUUCGUUAAAAGCAAUUUUGAAUAUUAAAAUGUGUUCAAAUUUCGAAACAUAUCAAUUUGGAAGAUAAAUUCACUAAAAUAAGAUAAAUACUAAGUUUAUACAUUUAAUAAAGCGUAAAUGAAAUGCCUAAAAGUUAAAUACUAUAAUCUAAUUCAAUUUUAUGAUUAUUAAUGAUUAAUAAGUAACAUAUCAUUAUUUAAAAUAUGCUAGCGUCCCGCUAAUCCGGAGUUGAAUCGUCUCAUAAAUCGGAAAUGUCUGUUAGUAGCUCGAAAUUCUAGAUAGAUGUUUAUUAAAUGAAUUAAGCUAAAGAAAAAAGUUCGUUAUCAAAAAUAGCAUAUUCAGUUAUAUCCGCGGCCAGUCCCGUCUAUGAGGAUUAGCAGGGCUCUACUCCGGUUAUAAAAUGAUAAUUAUCCUCAACUUAGUGACGAUAAGAAAAUGAUUCGUAAAUGUAUAUUUUAUCUGUGUGCUAAAAAUAGAUUCUUUAAAUUGUUAAUAAUUUGCAGAUACGACAAUAAUGUUAGCUAAAUGUUUUGUAUUGAAUAGGUAUAAAAUUCCAUCCAUUUUUUUAUUAGAAUGUGCAUUUUUAGAAGUUUUUGCUGUAAAAUAUGAACUGUUUAGUAUUUAGGCUGAUGUUCCUAAUUCGUAACAACAACAAAUGUUUCUCCUGAUUUAAUAGAGAAAAACUUAGUUAGAUUUGUUGAACCAUCAUCACUUAUAUUUAACUAAUUGCUCGUUCCUAUAUUUAAUGAAUCAUAGGAGAAAAUACUUCAAUAAUUGGUGAAAAAUCAAUCAAAGAGAUUUUUUGUGUUGUACGUUAAUACAUAAAACAAUAAAAGUGAAAUUAAAACAAAAAGAAAUGAUAAAUAACACUUCUCACCUCAAAAUCGCUAAGAUCUUAGAAAUCCUCAAUGAAGCUAAAGUUCUAAUAAAUCAUAAUAAUGUUGUGCAUACAUGACAACAUUUGUGUAAAAACAAUAUAUUGGCACGUUGUAUCAAAACAUGCGGAAAAUUUAAAUUGACUGUAGACUAACAAGAAUGUAAGUUAAAUAUUGUGUAUAUUUAAAAAUAAUCAAUCGAAAUUUUGCUGAACCAAUGAGAAAAUGAUUCAUUGAAUAUGGAGCGAGACUUUAGUAUUUAACUGAAUCGAGUAAUAUUAAUUCAAUAAGUUCAUAUUUUACUCUGUUAGACGUAAUCAUGCUAUGUUAAGUUUUAAGGUAGAAUAGAUUAUUUCACUUCCAACGGAAGGUGCUAUAGAACUUGUUUAUCGUAUCGUAUACAAUACUGUUCGUAAUACAAUAUAUUCUUUGUUUAAAAUUGUAACAAAUUAUUGUUUGAAAAAUUCGAUUAGCUUUAUUAAAUAUAAGACUUUACGUCGUUCAUUCGUUUAGAUAAUAUGCGUAUACAUUCCAUAUUAGUACAUUUCGUGCCUUGAAUCUCUGUGUUAAAACAGUUGUUUGUAUCAAGUAACUAUGUGGAUAAUUAUUUGCAUUUCAAACUUAGUUUUUAUCAUAGUUAAAUACUUUGAAGUGUAUAGGGCCUAAUAUCAUGCCUUGCGGUACUCUUUGUAAUUAUUCUCGAAAGUAUUAAUAUUUAUUAUAGACUUAUACACUCUUACACGUACAAACGCACACACACGUCACACGGACACACACAUACACAUCCACACAUAAACACACGCGUGAAUAUAUACAUAUUUCUUUUUUAAGUACCUAAGGGCUGAUUUAUGAAUGACCAGUUAAUUUUUUUCGAAAUAAUUAAUUAAAAAUUUCGAAAAAAAAAAUUAUGUAACGAAAUUGUCAAUCUUAUUCCUCUAAUAAACUGGCGAUUCAAAAAUCGAUUCAUAGUCUCAUAUAACGUAUAUUUAACAAAACAUUAACAAGAACUUUUUAAUAAUAAUGUAUUUUUUUACAAUUACUUUAAUGUUUAAUCACUUUAAGAUAAAUUACAACUAAUCGAUUUGUUGUAAUCAUGUGUCAUUGUGAUCAAAGAAUUUAAAUAUUCUACGUCGAACUUAUUUGAAAUAUUUAGUUCAUUAGUAAUAUUUAAUAUAACUAUUAGCGUGUAUUAUUAAGUUGUUUUUAACUAAAGAUAAUAGUGUAUUCGCACUAUCAAAGAACUUAAUUCUAAUAUCAAAAUCGAAAUUUUUAUCAUUCAAUAUUUAUCAAUAGGAAAACCUCUAUCUAUUGUAUACUCUGUAUUAUUAAAAUGACAUCGAUGUAUUUUUAUAUUAUCAUAAGAAUUAUAUUUUGCAUUUAUGAAAAUAUUGCAUUCCAAUUAAAGUAAAUUUAAUUUUUAUACUAAAUUAUGUUCCAUAUGAAUUUGUCGGCUUAGUUCUGUCUCUUUGUCAUUAUUGGUAUAAAUAGAACUGAAUAUUAUCGACGGCUUAAAAACAAAUUACAUUUCUAAGUAACGGCCUUAUUUAUAAAUUUGCGAGGGUUGUUAUAGAAGAAUUAAUUUAGUCUGCUUCUUUCGUAUCAUCUCGAAUCAAUUAUGACGAAAAGAUGGGAAUGAUAGAUCAGAACACCAUGUUUUGCUAGAUCAAGUGCAGUAAAUGAAAUAAAAAAAAAAUUGUUAAUAUCUUUACAUGAUACUAAAUUUAUUAUGUACAUCUAAAAGCCUCAGGAUUAUGUGUUAUAUGAAAUAUAUGUAUUAGUUUAGUAUUAUAAUGGUUUUUAGGCAUAAUCUGAUAAAUUACAGUUAUGUUAAAGUUUCAGUCUGUUGCUCGAAACUUGUGAUAUAGUAUUCUUUGUAUUCGAUCAUUCAAUGUACUUAAUUAUGUUUAUAAAACGUUCUAAUCACUGGUUAGCGCGCAUUACAUUUUUCUUAUCGAUUGAGCAUACAAAGCAUUGUCUUUAAUUUUUUUAAAUCUAUUACAAUAAAAAAAAAACAUUUGAAAAUGGAACGAACGACGAAUUAGUAUUGAAGAGAUAUGAAAUGUUCCUCUUAUUCAGUUCCGUUAUUAUCAAAUUUAAUUUUAAAUAUGGCAACACUAAAAUCGAUAAGAAAAUUGUAAUGUCUGUUAAUAUUUGAUUGACAAUUCAAAAUAGGAGUCGUGGUUUAUUAUGGGCUCAAAUCUAUACGGUCCAAAAAUAUUAUAUAAAAUAUAUUCGUUAGGAGAUACCGUUAUUUACACUAGCUUAGUAUACUUGUGCUGUAUGUAAUUAAAUAUUAUUAUUCUUAC